AUGAGUGCCAUAUCAAAUACUGUGGGAGCGUUGGAAAGUAUCGAUAAGUUGAAGGAUGCCAACGGAUAUCCCCUCUGGAAAUUCCAGAUAGAAAUACACAUAGAAGCGGCAGAACUUCUGGAGGUCACUCAACAACAACCAACACCAGCACAGCGACAAUUAGCGGAAUGGAAGAAAAAAGAUGCCAAAGCAAAGCGGAUAAUUGUAAGCACUUUAGACAAGCAUUCAUUGAUACACAUAGUAACAUGUACGACAAGUCAUGAAAUGUGGCAAAAAUUAAAAGAUAUUUAUGAAAGAGAUUCACAGCACCAGAAAUGCGCUCUGAUGCAGGAAUUUUUCGAAUAUAAAAAAGGAAGUGAUUCGGACAUGGCCACGUACAUAACCGAGUUGAAAAAUCUAGCUUUUAAACUUAAGAGCUUAGGAGAAGAAAUAAACGAUACAAUGAUUAUUUCCAAAUAUUAA